AUGGACUUUGCCGUUCGAAUUCCCCGAGUCUUCUUACGAGGUGGACUUGCGCGCCGGACUUACGCCGCCGUGCACUUGGUAACCACCAGUCCUGCGAAGAGACCAUUAGGGUAUCGAUCACUGUCGACGCAGCCACUGAUACACGCACAUAAUCCGCCUUCCACGAGUCCGCCUUCUCUGACCGAUAUCCAUGAUGCUUCUGUAAACGCAUCUUUGCCGCACACGGCUGCGACCCAUCGAAUCUCUCGCAAGCAGCAACCAUUGCCGAUCUCCUGUCCAGGGUGCGGCGCCUUGACACAAGACGUAGAGGUGGGCACUGCAGGGUACUACACACGAUCACGAAAGGCAGUGAAGAACUAUUUCAACGAGCUGUAUCAGAUCAAGAAUGCGACGGAGAACGAUGCUGAGGAUGGAGAGGAGUCUACAUCUGCACUUGAGCCUCUUGAAGCGGGCGAGAUUCAGGACCAACAGCUAGACGUGCGGAUAAGUCCCCCAGCCAGCCUGAUACUGCCCAUUUGCGAUCGCUGUCAUGACUUGGUCCACGAGUCUAAGGGUGACCCCAUAGCGCAUCCAUCAAUAGAGGCUAUAGCCGACUCCAUUGCGGAAUCGCCAUUCUCGAAAAAUCACGUUUAUCAUGUCAUAGAUGCAGCCGACUUCCCCAUGUCACUCAUACCAUCUCUUCAUCAGCAUCUUGACCUUGCAAGGCCGCGGACACAAAAUCGUCGGUCUCCUCAAUUUAGAAACAAUACGAAGCCUGAAUUAUCUUUCAUCAUCACUCGUUCGGACCUGCUUGGCCCGAAUAAGGAAAUGGUGGAUCGAAUGAUGCCAAAGAUGACCACUAUUCUGCGAAAGGCCCUAGGGCACUGGGGAGAAAAACUUCGGCUUGGAAAUGUGCAUUUGGUCUCAUCUAAAAGAGGCUGGUGGACCUCUAGCUUGAAAGACAGCAUCUGGGAGCGAGGAGGAGGAAACUGGCUUGUGGGAAAAUUCAACGUCGGGAAGUCUAACCUUUUUGAAGUUAUAUUCCCCAAGGGCUCUGGGGAUAGAGCACUGUCUUACGCAGACCUGGAACAGGAGCAGCGUCAACUGUCUAUGGAUGUUUCAGGUCAUGUUGAUGCUCUCCCAGAGAAUUCCAUGCUUCCUCCCCCUCAGCCUGAACAACGGUUCCCUUCCAUGCCACUGGUUUCUAGCCUUCCUGGAACGACUGCUUCUCCAAUCCGCCUCCCAUUUGGCAACCACAGAGGCGAGCUCAUUGAUCUGCCGGGUUUGGAACGGUCCGGUCUUGAUAAUUUUGUUGCGAAAACACACAAGCUUGACCUGGUCAUGACAAGCCGUCCCACUGUGAGCCAGUUCAAGAUUAAGCCGGGCCAAAGUCUUUUGCUGGGUGGUGGACUUGUCAGGAUCACUCCACUCCUGGAUGAGAACGAUCCCAGUACGAUAGUGAUGGCAUAUCCUUUUGUACCUCUGACUGCCCAUGUUACCUCCACUGAGAAGGCUAUUGGGGCACAAGGGCAAACACGUGAAAGUGGUAUUGAGUCGAUCUUAGCCGAGGAGGUUGGAACGUCGAUGUCCUCAGCGGGGAUAGUCGACCUCAAAACAGAUGUGACCCGAUCGAGAGCUGGAGCCAUGAUCAGAGCUGGUGUGGAUCCAUCAAAGCUUCCAUUUGAAGUUUUGGCCACAGACAUCCUGGUCGAAGGGGUGGGCUGGGUCGAGCUUGUUUGUCAAGUCAGAAAGAGUAGACGAAGGUCAAUUGCCACACCUCCAUCAACUCCUGCGCCCGAGCACGACAUAGAUGUGCCUGCUGGAAAGGAACCAGAGGCACUUCCAACCACACCUACUAACUUUGUCCCAUUCGGUGGCCUAGUGUCUCUUGAUUCAACCGCUUCAGUCAAAGAUGAGAGCUCCAACUAUUUCCCAAAAGUCGAGAUCUUCACUCCAGACGGCAAAUACAUCAGCCAACGACCUUGUCUCGGUAUCUGGCAGUUAUGGAAUCAGGGAUUGAAGCGCCACCACGAGCGUACAGCUCGACCCAGGAAAGCAAUGAGUGGCGCGAAGAAGCGUGAAAAGAUGGCGAAACGCGCAGCAAGAGCAACUUAA